CUCAAGGACCCUCUAAGCAUCCAAACAUGGCGGCGGUCACAAGGCUGUGCUGUGUCCUACGGUUGUCAUUUGACGGUGUUGGAGCACUGCGAACUCUAGGAGGCGCUGUUCACUUUUCGCACUUGGCAAGACCUAGUCCUUCUCAUUAUGCUCCAGUCACUGCCACCUUGCAGCAGAACAGACAUGGAAGCUUCUUCAACAAAUUGACUGCUGAGGAGCUCUGGCGGGGCGUCUCCGCUGAGACUGGAGCCGGUGCCAGAAAGGGAAGAGGAAAAAGAGCCAAACGAAAAUUGAAGAAAGAUCUCAACAAAGGCCAGAAUCUCGGAGAAGGUCGUGCUGGAUACCUGUGGCCCGGUCUAAACACUCCAGUAUAUAAGGAUGGCUCCGUUCAGAAACCCAUGCAGCGUGGAGAGGCAGAGCAGAAGGAGAUGACAGCAGCCCUGGAACGCCAGAGAGAUGAAUGGGAAAAGCGCAGGAAGGCCAAGAUAAAGAGGGAAAGGGGAUGGACUGGAGGCUCCUGGGGUGGGGUCAGCCUGGGCCCGUUGGAUCCGGGGCCCAAUGGAGAAACCUAUGAAGAUUUUGAUUCGCGUGUUAUAGAGCUCAAGAGCGUGUUUACUGUCACUCCCAAAGAGAGCAGGAAGAGAUCCAUCAGUGCUUUGGUGGCAGUGGGCAAUGGAAAUGGAGUCGCAGGGUUUGCACUGGGGAAAGCAGCAGACCGGACCGCCGCUCUUAGAAAAGCAAAGAACCGAGCCAUGAAUUAUCUGUACUACAUCGAGAGAUACAAUGACUAUACAAUAUAUCAUGACAUUGAGUCCAAGUAUAAAAAGACCACACUUCGAAUGAAGAAACAAAACAAAGGUUAUGGUCUGCGCUGUCAUCGGGCCGUGAUCACUCUCUGCAGGCUGAUUGGGAUAAAAGAUAUGUAUGCAAAAGUAGAUGGCUCUGUCAACCUCCUCAACAUCACCAGGGCUCUUUUCCAAGGCCUGGUCAGUCAGGAGUCUCAUCAGACUCUAGCUGAUAAAAAGCAGCUGAAUGUGGUCGAGUUCAGGGCUGAACAGGGCCCUCUGCCCAUCGUGGUGGCACGACCGCAGCUCGGCGCCCGUCAGGAUCCUGAAGUGGAGGAUGAAGUGCCCAACACGCGUCUGCACUGGGCUGAUGUGAAGGCCUUGCAGGGUGUUAAGAAAUCCAUAUGGGCUGGGGUUAAGAGGACAAUCUCUUGAGCUGAACUACGGUAUGACAUUCUGAAAACCACACUGAAGUCUUCUUGAGUCUGGAGGGUAAUGUGUUGAGGUUUGUGCUUGGACUGGAAUCAUCCCGCCAAACUAACAUUUCUUCCCCAUGGAAAAAGGUAUAGAAGCGCAACAUACUUAGCAGAAAUGUGUUUAUAUGUUGCUCAUUCAUAAAAGAGGUGUAUGAAUAAAGAGAAGCUUUGUUUUCACCCACCGACACAUGACUUACAAAUGUAAGAGCACCAAUAAAUCAAAUAAACUCA